AUGGGUUUGUUCCGAGAUAUUUAUAAGAAUGAUGUUGAUUUUGCAGCUCUCGCGUUGCAGUCGCGCGACUUUGCGAAACAUUUCCACCCGAACAAGCAACUUGAUUUCAAUGACCCAGAAGCUUUCAGGCAACUGACUACCAGCUUGCUACAAGUGGACUUUGGCCUGAAGGUCGAACUUCCUGAAGAUCGACUUUGCCCCCCGGUACCGAAUAGGCUGAACUACAUCUUUUGGUUGCAAGACUUACUUGACUCCACAGCCAGGACUGUCAGUGAUGAAUGUGUUUCUGGUCGAGAGAUAGUGGGACUCGAUAUCGGCACAGGUUGUUGCAGCAUUUACCCUCUCCUGGGGUGUAAAGUUCGCCCACAAUGGAGAUUCAUCGCGACGGACAUCGAUGAUAACAAUGUGCGCACGGCAGAGCAUAAUGUAAAACUUAACAACCUUAAUUCAAGAAUCCGGAUUAUGAAAACAAGCCCGGAUGAUCAACUGUUUCAAUUUGACAAGUUUAACUUGAAGAAUCUCGACUUCACAAUGUGCAACCCCCCAUUCUAUUCAUCACAUGAGGAAAUGUCACGAUCCGCAGAAGCCAAAGCACGCGUACCCUCCUCGGUAUGCACUGGUACAGAAGUCGAAAUGGUGACUCCUGGUGGCGAAGUUGCAUUUGUGACCCGCAUGAUCGAGGAAAGCCUGCAGCUCCAGAACAAAAUCCAAUGGUAUACAUCUAUGCUUGGCAAGCUGAGCAGUGUCUCUGUACUUGUUGAGGCUUUGAUGAAACAUGAAAAUCAUAAUUAUGCGGUCACAGAAUUUGUGCAAGGUAGCAAAACGAAACGUUGGGCUGUGGCAUGGUCAUGGGGAGACCGGCGACCUUCGAUGAGUGUAUCACGAGGCAUCCCAGGCUUCCCGAAACAUCUCCUCCCGUUUCCCACAGAUUUCAUAUUUACCCUUUCGUCGACAGCUAUCGAUACGACAAGUGCUACGAUGAAUGCCGAGCUUAUGUCCCUGGCCUGGUACUGGACUUGGGACCAAGGUCUCAGCUCCGGUGCAGGAUUUGCAUCCGAGAAUGUGUGGUCGAGGCAAGCUCGUCGAAAGAUGAAAUUUGCUGGACAAGAGGGCCGGCCAAUGAAUAUUGAUAAGGUUCCAGAUCAGGUGGCCCUCGGAGUUCAUAUUCAACUGAAAUUGACCACCACAGAGACUCAGGGGCCAAGGGAUACGCAGGUAUUGAUACGCUGGAUUCAAGGCACAGACAGCGUGUUGUUUGAGAGCUUUUGUGGAAUGCUGAAGCGGAAGAUGGAAGCAAAAUAA